CCGGCUCCUGCCUUCCUGUGAGGAGAGGGGGCGGCCGCGGGAGCACCAGCCUCGCCACCCCCUGGAGCUCGGCGGACUCCGGCCCGGGUGGUGGGCUCGGCCCAGGCGCGCUGGCGAAACGCUCCGGCCGGCCUCCGCUCCCUGCACUCUGGUUCCUGGCGCGCCUGGGGGACACAGUUGGCGGCGACACCGGAGGGGGGCGGGUCAGGAAGUGGGGGCGCGGCAGCCGGGAGCGGGCCGGGGCGGCCUGGGCUGGGCAGACGCGGGGUUUUGGGAGACUCUGGGCCGCUCGGCAGCCGGCGGGCCACCCGCGCCUUCGCGGAGACGAUGGCGAAGGAAGAAGGUGCUGGGCUAUAAGACAGAGAAUGAAUAAUAUUUUUUGUAAUGAUACUGGUGAUGAUCAUAUUUACAGCAAACAUGCAGGAUCAUCCGUAGAGCUCCGCCAAAGGAAAAAGCCAAAGACUGCGGGGAGUCAAGAAACCAGAGCAAAGAAGAUCAGCAGCACCCCAGUUCCUGAAAGAGCGCCAAAAUAUGUGUCAUUUCAGCGCUUUGCAAAGAUUUUUAUUGGCUGUCUUGCAGCCGUCAUUAGUGGUAUGAUGCAUGUUUUCUACUUAUCAGCAUACCAUGAAAGGAAAUUCUGGUUUUCCAACAGGCAGGAACUUGAACGAGAAAUCACAUUUCAGGGUGACAGUGCUAUUUAUUACUCCUAUUAUAAAGACAUGUUAAAGGCACCUUCAUUUGAAAGAGGUGUGUACGAGCUGACGCACAAUAACAGAACUGUGUCCCUGAAGACAAUCAAUGCAGUGCAGCAGAUGUCACUGUAUCCAGAACUUAUCGCCAGUGUUCUCUACCAAGCGACUGGGAGCAAUGAAAUGAUUGAACCAGUAUAUUUCUACAUUGGCAUUGUUUUUGGAUUACAAGGAAUAUAUGUUACAGCUUUAUUUGUUACAAGUUGGCUUAUGAGUGGCACAUGGUUAGCAGGAAUGCUUACUGUUGCGUGGUUCCUAAUUAACAGGGUAGAUACAACAAGAAUCGAAUACUCCAUUCCUUUAAGAGAAAACUGGGCUCUACCUUACUUUGCAUGCCAAGUUGCUGCACUUACAGGUUAUUUAAAAAGAAACUUAAAUACUUACGCAGAGAGGUUUUGCUACCUGUUGAUGAGCGCCUCGACGUACACUUUCAUGAUGGCGUGGGAGUACAGCCACUAUGUCUUGUUUCUCCAAGCAGUAUCUCUGCUGCUGCUGGAUGUCUUAUCAGAGGAACACGGUGACAAGGUUUAUGAAGUAUAUAAGAUCUACAUAUUUUCUCUCUUCCUUGGGUAUUUACUGCAGUUUGAGAACCCAGCUUUAUUGGUGUCUCCUUUAUUAAGUUUAGUAGGUGCAUUAAUGCUUAUUAAGUGCCUUCAGCUGAAUGGGAAAAAAGGAACUUUUGUGGCUAAAGUAAUCAAAGUGUUUAAAUUUUACUUGGUAUGUACUCUGCCACUGACCUUGAAUCUGAUAAUGAAGACGUUUGUCCCACACAAAGAAAAUGAGCAUGUGCUGAAGUUUCUUGAAGUAAAAUUUGGAUUAAACGUGACUAAGAAUUUUACCCUGAACUGGUUGCUCUGUCAAGAAUCUCUCCAGGCACCAUCCCAGGAUUUUUUUUUACGAUUGACACAAUCUUCCCUGUUACCAUUCUACAUUUUAGUGUUAAUCAUUUGUCUUCUUUCUAUGACACAAGUUAUUUUUAGGAGGAUGAACGGUAAAUCCCAGAAAGAAACUGUAACUCUUGAAGAUGGAAGAAUUGGAGAAAGGCCAGAAAUAAUUUAUCAUGUAAUUCAUACUCUUAUACUGGGUUCUCUUGCAAUGCUCAUGGAAGGCUUGAAAUUCAUUUGGACUCCUUACAUGUGCAUGUUAGCAGCUUUUGGUGUGUGUUCCCCUGAACUUUGGAUGACACUUUUAAAGUGGCUUCGAUUAAGAACUGUACACCCAAUAUUGUUGGCUCUUAUUCUGAGCAUGGCUGUGCCCACUAUUAUAGGUCUAAGUUUGUGGAAAGAGUUUUUUCCAAGAUUAAUUACAGAAUUAACAGAACUACAGGAAUUCUAUGAUCCAGAUACAGUGGAACUCAUGACCUGGAUAAAGAGGCAAGCCCCAGUUGCGGCUGUGUUUGCAGGAAGCCCACAGCUAAUGGGGGUGAUUAAACUGUGUACUGGGUGGAUGGUAACAAGCCUGCCACUUUACAGUGACGAUGACCUUCUCAGGAGAAAUGAAAAUAUUUACCAGAUCUAUUCAAAGCGGUCUGCUGAGGACAUUUAUAAAAUACUGACGUCUUAUAAAGCUAACUACCUAAUUGUGGAAGACGCCAUCUGCAAUGAGAUGGGAACCACGAGAGGCUGCAGGGUUAAGGACUUAUUAGAUGUUGCAAAUGGACAUGUGGUUUGUGAAGAAGGUGACAAAUUAACCUAUUCAAAGUAUGGGCGGUUUUGUCAUGAGGUCAAAAUUAACUAUUCUCCGUAUGUGAAUUACUUCACUCGAGUGUACUGGAACAGAUCCUACUUUGUAUAUAAAGUCAACACUGUGAUAUCCUUCCAGUCUUGAAAAUGACAGCCUUCCCUUCAGAGACCUGCUACUUGAAGUAAAAUGCAGUUUUCUGGACCUGCACAGUGUCUUGCAGAUGGAGUGUGGAUGUCUGGGAUGCUGCUGCUCUUCCCAGGCCUGCUGCUGAUUCCUGGGUGUAGGGUUUUGUUGGCAGUAGAAGAUCAGGUAUCGCUGUCUUUUAGUAAAAUCUCAAGUCUACUGCUUCAACCUUCCUGACAGCUUUCUUCCUUACUACAUGAUUUAAAGAUUUCCCUGUUGCAUCAUCUCCUCAUAAAUCUUAUCUAUCAUAAUACUGGUCUUUAAUUUGGAUAUUUUUCAAGGUCAGUGUUUACUUCAAAAACAUAAUUUUUAAUGAGCACUUAAUUUGAUUUAAUUCUAUAGUGGAAGAGAAAAUUCUCCAAGCAAGUUUGUAACAGAUGUAAUUUUUUUACAAUUAAAAGUAAUUUAAAUGUUAGUUAAAAUUAUGUGACAUUUAAAUUAAAAGGGCAAUAACAUAAAGGAAAGUGAUUGUUUUUAUGAUACUGCUCCUGUCAUCUGCUGCUCAAGUGACUUAUCACGUUCUUAGCAAUACACAGGGUGAUAUGUACUUUAAUUAUCUCAUGACUAUUAAAUGAUUGCCUUUUCUCACUUAUGCCCAUUAAGUUGUUAACAGUUUAAUCAUGCUAAAACAAUAACUUGUAUUUGUUUAUAUAUGUGUGUCUGUGUGUGUACAUUUGGACACAUAUAUAUGGACAUAUAUGCAUACACACAUAUAUGUAUAUAUAUGGACAUUUAAAGAAUUUUGUAGGGUUUUUUUGGCUGUGGAGUAUACAAUUCUAAUCACAUGUUUUCUUUGGGCACAUUAAGUAAAAAUAACUAACACUGUCAUAAUAAUAAUAUGUACACUGCCAUGGGCACCAGUUUCAGGAGAUGUCUGCAGAUACUUUUAAACACACCUCUGCAUAUAGGUGUAUUGGUUAUAAAGUAUAACCAGUAAAGUGAUGUUAUUUGUGAAACAUUACAUACUUAACAGUAAGAGCAAAAUGAGAGUUAAAUAAAAUUUUCAACAAUUCACAGUAUAAAUGUUAUAUUCCUUUGUGUAUUUUCAGUUUAUGUCACUAAAAGAAAUUCUAAGUCAGUGUAAUGACUUGCGCCUUUAGUCCCAGUAUAUGGGAGGCAGAGACAGGUAGAUCUCUGUGAGUUCCAGGACAGCCAGAGCUCCAUAGUGAGACCCUGUCUCGGGGGAGGGCGGGAAAUUGUAAAUUAAUUUGUCCUCUUAAAGAGAUUUAAGAUGCCUUUAAUCUCAGCACUUGGGAGGAUCUUCAUGAGUUUGAGGCCAGCCUGGUCUACAAAGCAAGUUCCUAGACAGCCAGAAUUGUUACACAGAGAAACCCUGUCUUGGAAAAAAUAAAAAACAAAAAGAAAAGAAAGAGAGAGCUUCAGGAUAGAUGAAGCCUGUAGAUAAAUGGUUUUAAUAAAAAUGAAUAUUUAAUUUUCUAUUAUACAGUUGUUCAGUGAACAGGUUCUCUAACUUUUUAUUUGUUAGAGUGCUAUAAGAUUACAUUUUCAGAACUCCAAAUUACCACAUCAGGAGGAAAAUUAUUUCCUUUCUUUGUGUAAUGCAUAUGUACAUAUAUAUUUUUUUUUCUUUUUCAAGUAUGUGCACUUAGAGUAACUUUAAGAUGCUUUACCAUUGUGGAGCUUGGCUGACAUCUGUCAUACCUUCUAGUUAGAGCAGUGGUCCCAUUCACUCUUUUGCAUAUUUAUUGUAACUAUAGAAAAGCAGCUAUAUCAAUGGAUCUCAGACUGACUCUGAACACCUUGGUAGACAGUAAUGGUUAGCAUCGAGUUUUAUGAAAAAUUACCAGCUACUCCAAUACACAGUGAGCAGUCAUGUGGUCAUUGUGUGAAAGUAUGUGGAAACAGCUUGUGGGAAGUCCAAACUGUGUUUCCCUUGUAAUAUGAAAUAUUCAAUUGAAUUUUUACUGAUAUGGUAACAUGUGGUGUUUUAGUUUUUCUUUUAUUUGCUGUAAUAAUAAGUUGCUUGCUUCUGUUUAUGUAUUUCUUAAAUAGCUAGAAAGAACUUUUUAGUUGAAGGUUUAUAAUUAAUCCCUGGCAGUGGUGGUACCUCUUUUAUUCCAGCACUCAGGAGGUAGAGGCAGGAGGAUCUCUGGGUUCAAGUCCAUCCUGGCCUACAGAUUGAAUUCCAGGACAGACAGAGCUGCAUAGUGAGACUCUCUCACUCAAAAAAAAAAAAAAAAGAAGAAGAAGAAGUUUAUAAUUAACUUUUCACUCAGCAGGACCUGAACUGGAGAAGUUUUACUGUAGAAAUCAUAAUAUUGGCUGUGACUGUAGGUCAGUGGCAUAGUGCUGGGUUCAGUCCAUAGCACAACUGGAAAAAACACAAAAGAGAAGGAAAGAAAAGAAUAAAAUAACGUUAGGCAUGAGAGAGAAGUUGGUCACUUCACUGUCACUAACACUAGGAAACUGUGUGUGCAAAGCAUCUCAUGUUUUGUUAGGAGCCUGUAGGGUGACAAGUGGGAGACUCUGCAAGUGGUUGUAACUGGUUACCCAGCAGCUCUCAGAUGCAGCAGUGAGCCUCAUUGAAGGAGCAGAGCUUCGGGGUUGGGUGGGGAAGAGCUCCGUAAAGAAAUAGAAAAUUUUGCUCUUAAUAUAACAAGCCCAUUGAAAUUCAAGUGCCUUAACGUCUUUAUUUCUAAAUUCAUUUUAUAUUUCUUUUUUUUUUUUUUUUUUUUUUGGUUUUUCGAGACAGGGUUUCUCUGUAGCUUUGGAGGCUGUCCUGGAACUCACUUUGUAGACCAGGCUGGCAUCGAACUCACAGAGAUCCGCCUGCCUCUGCCUUCCGAGUGCUGGGAUUAAAGGCGUGUGCCACCAACCCCCGGCCAUUUUAUAUUUCAUGCCAUAUUAUCCAUUUUCUUUUCCAUACGAAAAUACUGGUAACUUUUCCCCCUAGAGAAAACACACUAAGGCUGAGGAGGAAGUCCCAUGGUACAGUUGUUUUCUAGUGUAUAAGAGACACUGUUUUAUUCCCAGCACAACCAAAAAUGUCUCCGUGCCAUUGUCACUAUUACCUUCAAUCCAGUAAUAAGCAAGUGUUUGUCAGGAACAUACAGUCUCCUAAAUUAAUUAAUUUAGCCUCUUGAAUGCCAAAUAUUCCGACAAGUGAAACUGACUUCAUAAGAGAUGUAAUAUGGACUCUGAGUUUAGUAAUGUUUUUAUGACUUUGGCAUCUGUUUCCUGGUGUUUUGUAUUAUACUGUCAGAGUUUUACAAUCUAAGUAAUAUGUGCUGUACUUCUGCACUAACUUUACAAACACACGCACACACACACACACACACACACACACACACACACACACACACACACACACACACACACACACACACGCAGGCUUUUCUUUCCAGGACAGUAACCCAAAUUGCCAGGAGCCUCAGUGUUCUGACUCUUCCAUACCAGCCAGAUUCAGUCAACAAGGAGUGGAGAGAUGGAGCUCAAAGUGUUAACAAUUUGAGGCUGAAAAACAUGCCUAAAAUAGAUUAUUAAUUUCUUGCGUAACUUUUUUAGUUUUGAGAAAUUUUCUUUGGGGCCUCUUAUUUUUGAAUUGGUAACACAUUUUGAAGUUUAACAUUUCUAUAUAAAUUGAUCUUUUGGUGAAUUUAUUUUCAAUGCAUGAAUAUUUCAAGGACAUGUGUUACUAAUUCUGCAUAUUUAAGAACCCUUUUAAAGCUAAUAAUUACUUCCUAAUUUAUAUCUUAGUAUACCUUUCUUUUAUCCAGCUUUUAACAUAACUACUCUUCCCGUGUGUGGUGGUGUGCACCUGUGAUUCUGCACCUGGGAGAUAGAGGCAGGAGGAUCAAGUGUUCCAAGUCAUUCUCAGCUAAAUAAAUGAGUUUGAGGUUAGCCUGGGCUGCAUGAGCCCCUCUGUAAAGAAAAAAACAUCCAUACAUUAAAUAUAGAGUCUCUGCUGUUGCUAUUUGCUAAGAGUGUUUAGACUCUAUUUGUAUUGGAAUCCUGACUCUGGCUGGGCGGUAGUGGUGCAGCCUUAAAUCCCAGCACUGGGAGGAAGAGGCAGGCAGAUCUCUGUGAGUUUGAGGCCAGCCUGGGCCAUAGAGUGAGUUCCAGGACAGCCAAGCCUACACAGAGAAACCCUAUCUUGAAAAAGCAAAAACAAACACAGAAUUCUGGCUCUGCAAAUUACAAGGAAAAUCAAACAAGUUCUUACUUAAAUUACUGAGUCUUUUAAUGUCUAUGGUUAAUUGCUUUAAAUUAAAUGCAACAGUGCAAAGGGAUAUAUAUAUAUAUAUAUGAUAGCUUAUUUUCUGUCUAGUAAAGUUUCUGAGUGAUACACUUAUCUGCUUCUGUAAUAAAGUGGACAUUUUGGAACCAAAUGUGUUGAAUUUAGUAUAAAGGUUUCUUUGUAUUGUUUCUGCUUCUGUCUGCUAGAAUAGCAACAUUAUACUCUCAACAUAUAGAACGUUAUGUGCAAUUCUAUGAGAAAAAGACUUUACUUGUGAUCGCUAUCUAUAAUUUGUGAAAUAAUGACAUAAAAGCAACAUUCAGUAUCUCAUUAGUUACCCUUCCCUGUUUUAAGCCAAUACCCUUGUACAGCUCCUAAUGAGUGAAUACAGCUGCCUUUAUGUAGGUUGGUCUCUGAGUCAUAUCUACAAUGAUGUAUGUGUAUUUAGAUUAAAUGUGUUCUUCUUGCAACUAAGGUUACAUCUCUGCAGAAUUAUAAAAUGUCAGGAAAUACUGUAACGAGUUGUCUAUAGACAGUUACAUUUCAGAUUUGUAACAUUAAUGUCUUUAUCAACCAUGGUUCUUUCAUGCUUGUUUACUCUCCUUGUUUUGUUUUCAUAAUAAAACCUCUCAGAAUUUUAA